AUGGAUGAGUGCGAUGCUUUGAGAUAUAUUUUUGGAGGCGAUUUGGAACACUACACAAGGGACACAGAGCAUGUCUACAAGAUAUCUGCUGAGGGGAACUCCUUUGAGUUCCGAUGCUCAGAAGGCUACCCCAACACCAUUCCAGAGAUGUCAUCGGAUGUGGAAGACAACAUAUUAGCAGAAGUAAGAGAGGAGACAAAGAAGUACAUCUCGACACCUAUGAUCUUCGAUAUGGUUAGAAUAGUUGUCAGGAAGCUGGAAGGAAGCAACAUAGUGAGUGAUGUAAAGAGAAUAUCAAUCAGCUACAACAUAGACGAUAAGCAGAAGAUAACCGAGGAGGACUUUAUGAACUGGAAGAAGGGAACUCCCAGAGCAGAAAAGCCGAGGACAGGGAAAACAGGAAAAGAGAUAUUCCUGGAGCGAAGAAGAAGUAAAGAAGACUUCCAAGACGACAUAUAA